AUGCAAUCUCUACUGGUAGUGCGCAGUGCGAUGGAGCAGAUCCACAGCAGGGAAAAGGCCGUAUUGAACGGGCUGGAAGAGGCUAACUUUGACGUGGCGUUUGAUCGUUCUCGUCCUAUUAUCCAAGGGACGGUUGAUGCCGGUGGGACAUUAACCAGAGAAGAGGUGGAUAGGUCAGUGGAGUUUUGCACGCGGGUGAUUCGCAAGGUUGAGAGCGGGUGUCUGGCGAGCCUCGACAGCGGUCCGGCUGGAAGGUUUACUGCUCGGGAUGCUGCUACUACGUACUCGGAAAGUAGCUAG